GCUUGAUGUGUUCCUACUGUAAGAAGCAUCAGGAAACUAAGUUCCAGACCCUUACUAUGGUGGAGCUCAAGGUACUAGAUAUGCUUGAAGAUGCUUGUGAUUCACUGUUGGAAAGCAUUGUGACAGAGAACAAAUUUUAGGUUCAUAGAUGUACUUUAAUCACCAGUAUUCUUACUGCCAAUAAGGCAAUUGGUUAUUCAAAGCAUAUACCAUGUACUCUACUGCUCAUUGUUUGGACUACCGCGACUUGUAUAGCCGGUCUGGUUCUAGCCCAUGGUAUGCACUGAUGUGUUUAUUGUUUACCUGGCAAGUUAAGCAAAGAUCUGUAGAAAUACAAACUUUAAGGUGAAUGAUGAACCUUCUUGACAUUAGUCCA